AUGACAAGAACCGCCAGCGUGAACUCGGACCUCAUGUGUCAACCUCGGAACAACAUGGGGGUUCUAUCCACACUCCUCCUGCCUUGUAUGCAGGUGCGCAAGUUGCGGCGGGCGAAACGACAGCGCGAUCAUCAUUCCUCGUGGUCAUGUGCGGGGAUUGCUGAGUUGGAGGAGAAGGGGGUCGUUCAUGGACACCAUCACCCUCGCCAGAACAUCGUGGAGAAAGAGGCGGCCGAGUUGUCGGCUGUAUCUGCGGACGAGAGAGCCCAAGGUGGAGUGGAAGGGGCGACAACGACCGGGUUGUCCCAUUCAAAGUCUAUUCGCCUCGUGAGCUGUGCGGACUCGGAGUGCUCGACGCUGGGCCCGGAGGAUGGGCCGAUUCUGGAGCAGGCGGUUGACGAAGGGGAGGAGAGAGAUAAUUUUCUCAAUGGAACGAGGAGGAACAGCAGCAGCAGCAAACCCGGUGAUCAUAUGUUGUCGGACGAGGAGACGGAUGUUGAACAGUCGAGUCCGCAGCCAGUGCAAAAGGUCAUCGCCAUGGAGGUGGUGCCUUCUCGGCCGCCGUCGAGGGCUGGAGGAGGAGGAGGAGAUGAUGAAGCAGUGGCGAUGGCAAAGGCAAAGGCUCAGAGUAAAGACGAUCUGGAUCUUGAGCUCGCGAGUCGUCGGAUCCCCAGGAACCCCGACAGGAAGCCCCGGCCGGCAAGUAUGCAGGUUCAAUCCACGGGGGGGGCUCUGAAACUUCCCGAGAUCAAGAGCCGGAUGAUUGAGGAUAUUCCGGAAGAUGUUGAAGGGGAGGAAAGGAGGACCGAUGGAGGCGUUAAGAUCCGUCCUCUGAGACAGGCGAUCGCAUCGAAGAAAGCAGCACCAGCGUUAACGCCUGCAGAGACGGUAAAAGAGGAGGGCGAGGAUGACAAGCAGGACGAUAAACGGUCCUCCACAUGGCGCCUCAGCCAACGCAAGUCGAUGAUCGAGCUAUUUAAUCUGUUGCAGUCCACCGCGGCAGCCGUGGCCAGAAUGCCCCUCGUGCCCAGGUCGUCGGCCUUUCGCGCAUCCACCAUUGCAGUCGAUGAGUCGCCCUCAUCGGUCUACUCCACAACCACCAACACCAUCAUCACUGCAUCUCCAGCAGGACCUCGACCUCUCCGUCCACCCACGACCCCAACGAAAACCACCAAACUCCCCUCACCCCCUCCGCCCACUCCGCCCCCGAAAUCGCCAAAGCAGCUCCUCCAACAGCGACCCCUGCCCCGGACUCCGCAGCGGAAGCACAAACCCACCAGCAUCCACCACGAUUAUCCCGGACAACAGGAGGACUCAAUCACAACUCCAACCAGCCCACACCCAAGUCCUACCAAGAAACAGCGUCGAAUGGGCACCGUCCUCUUCCCUCUGGCCUCCCUCCGCCCCAGCGGGGGCAACGCAGCCACCAGCCCUCAUCAUCACUCUCCCCAUCCUUCUCAACAACAUAACGCACAGACUCUUUUUUGCUAG